UUUUAGCCCACCCCGAUUAUUACACUCUCUCGAAGAAAAAAUCAUGCGCCUUCACAAAGUCUAUCACCGUUUCUCUCUCCUCUCUCUCUCUUCGCCUCCGUCCCUCCCUCUUCUCCAUCACUCCCCCAGACCCCUCUCCUAUUCCUUUCUAUCUAUAAAGCCCCAUCGAUCUUUGCCAAUUCCCAGACACUCGAGGACCACUGUCAAGUCAAUCAAAUCCAUGACCACCUCUAGACUCCACAAUAUUGUCCCCAUCAACGCCGUUGCCGCGGAAGACGGCGGCGGCACCGUUUCAAACGGUGCCGUUUCUUCUUCUUCUUCUUCCCCUCCUGCUGCUACUUCAGAUGAAGAUUCAGAAUCACCUGUUGGCUAUCGUCUUCCUCCGUCGGAGCUUAUAGACAUUGUUGAUGCUCCACCCCUUCCAGCAUUAUCAUUCUCUCCCCAGAGGGAUAAACUACUGUUUCUUAAGCGGAGGUCUUUACCAUCAUUGUCAGAAUUGGCGCGGCCAGAGGAAAAGCUUGCUGGCGUUCGGAUUGAUGGGAAAGCCAAUACCCGAAGUCGGAUGUCAUUUUACACUGGCAUUGGGAUCCACCGGCUACUGGAUGAUGGUACACUUGGCCCAGAGACAGAGGUCCAUGGCCUUCCGGAUGGUGCUAAAAUAAAUUUUGUUACCUGGUCAAAUGAUGGAAAGCAUUUAUCCUUCAGUGUUCGACGUGAUGAGGAGGACAACAACACUAGCAGUAAGCUUACAGUAUGGGUAGCUGAUAUCGAGACUGGAUACGCGAGACCUUUGUUUCAGUCACCAGAUAUAUAUCUAAAUGCAGUCUUUGACAACUUUGUCUGGGUGGAUAACUCGACUCUAUUAGUUUGCACCAUCCCUUUGUCUCGAGGAGACCCACCUAAGAAACCUUUGGUUCCCUCUGGCCCCAAGAUUCAAUCUAAUGAGCAGGAAAAUGUUGUUCAAGUCAGAACCUUCCAAGAUCUGCUCAAGGAUGAGUAUGAUGAAGAUCUAUUCGAGUACUACGCUACCUCGCAGCUUGUUUUGGCUUCUUUGGAUGGGACCGUGAAUCCCGUUGGUCCACGAGCAAUGUACACGUCAAUGGACCCGUCUCCUGAUGAAAAGUACCUCUUAAUCAGUACAAUUCAUCGGCCAUACUCUUUUAUUGUGCCUUGUGGAAGAUUUCCCAAGAAAAUUGAUGUGUGGACAACAGAUGGAAAAUUUGUCAGAGAACUUUGCAAUUUACCUCUCGCUGAGGACAUUCCCAUUGCAUUCAAUAGUGUAAGGAAAGGGAUGCGCUCCAUCAACUGGAGAGCAGACAAGCCUUCAACACUCUACUGGGUGGAGACGCAAGAUGGCGGAGAUGCAAAAGUGGAAGUUUCUCCACGUGACAUAAUUUAUACACAACCCGCAGAGCCGCUUGAAGGUGAACAACCGAGAGUUUUGCACAAACUUGAUCUUCGCUAUGGAGGUAUUUCUUGGGCUGAUGAUUCGCUGGCUCUUGUUUAUGAAUCUUGGUACAAGACAAGGCGGAUAAGAACAUGGGUGAUGUCUCCCGAAUCUGAAGAUGUGAAACCGAGAAUAUUGUUCGAUAGGUCAUCCGAAGAUGUGUACUCUGAUCCUGGGUCCCCUAUGUUGCGGAGAACGCCUGCUGGGACUUAUGUAAUUGCAAAGGUUAAGAGAGAGAAUGAUGAAGGCACUUACAUUUUACUAAAUGGAAGCGGUGCUACACCGAGUGGGAAUAUCCCAUUCCUGGAUUUGUUUGACGUAAAUACUGGCAGUAAAGAACGAAUAUGGGAGAGCGACAAGGAAAAAUACUAUGAGACUGUUGUUGCUUUGAUGUCUGAUGAGAAUGAAGGAGACAUAGACAUUAAUCAGUUAAAAAUACUGACAUCCAAAGAAUCUAAAACUGAAAACACCCAAUAUUAUAUGCAGAGCUGGCCCGAGAAGAAAACAUGCCAACUUACGAAUUUUCCUCAUCCAUACCCUCAGCUGGCAUCACUACAGAAAGAAAUGAUCAGGUAUGAAAGGAAGGAUGGAGUUCAACUUACUGCAACUCUAUACCUUCCACCAGGCUAUGAUCCCUCAAGGGAUGGCCCUCUGCCUUGUCUUGUUUGGUCAUACCCGGGAGAAUUCAAAAGCAAAGAUGCAGCUGGACAAGUUCGUGGUUCUCCUAAUGAGUUUGCAGGCAUUGGCCCAACAUCUGCCCUUCUCUGGCUGGCAAGAAGGUUUGCGAUUUUAUCAGGACCAACAAUUCCUAUCAUUGGUGAAGGCAACGAAGAGGCAAAUGACAGGUAUGUGGAACAACUGGUUGGAAGUGCUGAGGCUGCAGUGGAGGAAGUUAUCCGACGUGGAGUGGCUCACCCAAAUAAAAUAGCUGUUGGCGGUCAUUCAUAUGGGGCAUUCAUGACUGCAAACCUCCUGGCACACGCCCCUCAUCUUUUCAGUUGUGGUAUUGCUCGCUCCGGAGCUUACAACCGAACUCUCACCCCUUUUGGAUUUCAGAAUGAGGACAGAACGCUAUGGGAGGCAACAAAUACUUAUGUUGAGAUGAGCCCUUUCAUAUCAGCUAAUAAAAUAAAAAAGCCUAUAUUGCUCAUUCAUGGAGAAGAAGAUAAUAAUUCUGGAACGUUGACUAUGCAGUCGGAUCGUUUCUUUAACGCGCUGAAAGGUCACGGUGCACUUAGUCGCCUAGUGAUCCUUCCUUAUGAGAGCCAUGGAUAUGCAGCACGAGAAAGCAUCAUGCAUGUCCUUUGGGAGACAGACAGGUGGCUGCAGAGAUAUUGUGUGUCCAACACUUCGGAUGCAAGUGCAGAGCUUGAUGGAUGCAAAGACAAUGUAAGUAAAGGAAGUACGGAUUCAGAUAGUAAAGCAGUUGGUGCUACUGGAGGGGGAGUCUUGGAGAUGACAGAUCUUGAGCAUGGAAGAUUUCACCCUCUGCAAAGGUCAUCACUGUGAUGGGUCACUCCACCGCUGACUACCCUUGAUAAGGUGUAAAGGUGGAAUAUUCAAAGGAAGUCCACGCAACAUUCAAAAUUCCAGGUGAUCCAGUUGUUGCCUUCAAGUAUGUUGUUCAUGAACGCGAUGGUUAUUUGAAGUUGUCAACAGUAAACUACCUCAGGUCCUCAACUGCUCUUUUCCCUGGGAUACGUUGCGACGUGGUAGUUUAAUUUGUGCUUUUGGGUUUUCAAUACCCGAAUAUAUGUGCAUCUCUGUUAUAUGAUUCUCCUAGCACCCGCGAAGGAGAAUAGAAGUGUAAAAGCAUUUGAUUUCAGAUUUUUGGAGGUAAAGUUUAGUGAUAUGAUUUGGUGACGGGAAA